GGGGGCGGAGCUGAAGCAGACGCCAGCAGGGGGAGUGCGUCAUGACGUAGUGGAAAAGAGUCUUUAUAUACAGGAGCCUGGACGCCAUCUCGGUCUUUUGAGGCUGGGAGUUGGCGGUUGGUAUGUGCGUGUUCAUUUUGUGGUUGCUAAAUGGGUUCUUGGUUCGAGGCUUCCAGCCCUUGGCUGUCAAGGCACCUUAAACUGGGUGGCAUUUGUGGGCUAGUCGCAAGCCUUGGCAGGGCUCACAGACGAAGAUGGCGUAGGAUUGCGGGUUGGGUGGUGGUGCGACCUAAACUCUGCUGGGGUGGUUGGGGCGGAAAUGCGGAAAAACCUCGGCUCGCGUGCCCUGCCUCUGAUGAAGCCUGUGUUGGAAUGGUGCGAGGCACGAAUACAAUGUGGCUUUUGAUGGCGUUUGAUGGACAGGUCUGUGCCAAAGGGAUGACAACACCUGCUGGGGUCCUAAAGCACAAGCUUCACACACUAGCCAUGGGCAGGCAGACAUUAAACAGAAUUAGCUGGAAGUUAAAGUGGUGGACUUGAGUCUUUGACAUGUCUGGAUGGAGGCUUUAUUUUUUUUUUGGUAAGUGUUAAUGUUGAAAACAUUUUAGUAGGCUUAAGUGUUAGUGAGAACGCUGAUCAAGUUGGAAUGCUUAGCUACCAAGCUACUAAUUAUGACUUACCUCCUAUGUUUAGUGAAUGCAUGUUGAGCAUGCUCUGAAUGGGGUUUUUGUAAUGAUGUUGAUCAAAUGUCUGACCUGAAAUGAGCAUGUAGACAAAUUUAACACUGAAGAACCCUGUGACAAAUAAUCAUGAGAAAAAUUUAAUGAUAUUUAGCAUUUUAAUGAAAGAUCUCGUUUCUCUUCUAGCUGCUGCAUACAUGCUUUUUAUCCAUGGAUGGCUUGUUUGGGGUAAGAUGUAAACGGUUGUUUGGCUCCCGGCACUCAGGUUUAUAUUGUUUCUGAAAUGUGCUGGUCUUAGUAAUUGUUGGCUGUCUUAAUGUUUCUGUGUUGCAAAGCCACUGGACAGUUGUGAGAAGUAAACAGGCUUUAAUAUUCAGCUAUUAUGAAGUAUAUCUAAAGAAUUACUUCUUUUUUAGGUACAGAUGUUGGACACCUUUUAUGUAAAGGUGUGAAGAGUUGGGUUGUCUACAAGUCAUGGAACAAGGAGUUUUAAGCAAAGGCAGACCUUCUGUUACUCUGAAGAUUUUAAGGUAAAUCACUCUUUGGUAUAUAUGAUAAGUUAGAAUGUAACCUGUGAUGUAAUGAUUCUGCCAAAUGAAAUAGAAUGAUAUCACUUAUAAAACCGUUCCAUUUUUGAUUCUGAGGUUACUUGACUAACAAGUAACAAGUUUUGUAUUUUGUUUUUUUUUUACCAUGAGUAACAUGUAAUCUUUUAGGGCAUUUAUGACAGCAGUUAUGCAGCUUACCAGUUGAAAGGUGAGUCUUAAAAAUAUUAGUGCUGUUGUCUUAACUACAGAAUACAUGAUGAUCUCACCCCAACUUGAACUCUCUCACUGAUUACUUGAUGAUGAUAAAAGAUCUGAUAUUCUGUGUACUUCAGAUAGAAUUAGAAUUGAAAUAUGGAAACAUGACUAAAAUGGCUUCUUUGUUUUUGCAGGCAGCUGGAUGGAUGCUUAUGGGAUAGAAGAUUAAAACAACUUUCAAUUUUAAUAAAUUUUUAUA